UAGUCUUUUUUAGAUAAUUUAGUAUUGUAUAUUUUAGUAAGAAAAGUUAUUUUUGUGUGUAAAUUUAUUUUAUAAGUCAGAUACCAAGAAAAACAGGACACCCACUUUUUCAAAUAUAAAAUAUUUUAUACCUUUCUAAGGUAUAUUAUUUUGGUGUUAAUUUUGUUAAAGAAGAUCCUAAAAUUUGUGUUGACUUAAUUUUGUGAGUCUGAUUUUUAAAACUUUUAGUUUUGAUUAUUUCUAAAUGCUAGUUGAUCGGUCUAUAUUAUAAAAGUAAAUGUGUGGUGUUUUUUUAAGGAUUUAUAGAUCUUAUUUUUAGCAACCAAUGUAGAAAUGAUACCAGUUUGUGUUUAACCCAUAGUUAAAUACUGUUUUAUUUAUCCUCUAUCUGUUCUUACGCAAGCCUAUUUUCUUUCCUCUGUAACCUUCCGCAAUUGUUUCUGUGACAACAUAAUACAGCUGAUUUCUUGUUUUUAAUGUAGAACUUUAAAUUUAAUGAAUUUAAAUAUAAAAUUCUGGUAGUUCUUUACCUACUGAAUUAGGCGUUAUGUUUUACUUCAACUAAAGUAAUGGUUAAUACAGGACAAGAAAAAUGUCUAUAAACAAUCAUCAGGCAGUUGCGAUGUUGUUGCAACAUGGAGUAUCUGAAAUUUUUAGUUGUCAUCUCAUUUGCAUCUUGCAUAGAUGCCUCUCAAUAUAGAGUAUAUGCAUCACCACUUUCAUACUUUGGAGUAAGCGCAUGGAGUAUUUCUUGGGAUCCACCAUUUCUUUAUAAUGUCAGCAAUACCGAAAACUUGACACUAAUUAGCUACCAUUUUAAAUACUGUUUAUAUGGAAACUGCAAAACGACUUUUCUUCUCUCAACACCUUUUGUGACGUUAACCAGAUUGACUCGUGAUGUUGAUCAUGAUUUUACAAUUUACGCAUAUUCAGAUACCGGAGCUUUGUCAUGGACCGAGCGAAGUGGAAAACAGUUGUUUACAGAACGAGCUUUGGAAUGUCGCACUCAAACGUUUUUCUGUAAGACAAGGACAUGCAGCAGAGGCUGUCAUGGUGUACAAGAUUGUACAAGAUACUCGCUAGGAAAAGGUAGAUCAUGCUGGAAUUACAUAGGUCCUCCUACUAUCACUACUUUAAAUGUUGUCAAGAAAGAGAGAUCUUAUAUAUCGUUGCAAUGGGCUGCACUGGAAGAACCUAGUUUCUCUAUCUACAGCUAUGAAAUUGAAAAUUUAGAAACAAGUCAGAAAAAAGUGGUCAUGAAAGAUAAAUACAAAGGUUUUAGAUCUCUUAUUUUUUUCGAACAGUUUGAAAACCUUACGCGUGACACUGUGUACAGUUUCACUGUGUACAGUACUUUUCCUAUUGAAUAGUUUAUCAACAGCAACCUAAAAUUGUCCAGCAUAGCUUUUCUUAUAAAACUAAUAUUUGUUUUUAAAGAGAAAAAACAUUUUACUGUAACACUCGCUUACCUCUUUUAACCGUUUUGUCCAGCAAUAUAAAAGAUAAGGAAAAGGUUUACUCGUUUUAAAGAGAAGUUUCCUAAUUAAGAUAUUUUAAUGUUGAAUUUUCCUUCUAAUAUAUCUCAUACUGUCAAUGCUUUAUUACUUUGUGACAUUAAAAAUGAAGGCUUACAAGUUGGCAAUUUAUUAAGUCGCCCUGCUGUUAUCCUCUGCCUCCUUCCAAUAAGCCCCACUCUCAAAAUCAUUCAUGGUAAAUGCUCCUUGUGACUCAAUUAAGUAUUUAUGAUACUAAACCUCUGUUAGAGUCACUUCCUAAUCAUCAACUAGAAGCAAAGCUUUUUAGGAAACAAGUUAUAACAGCAUCGCUAAAAACAUGUGAGACAUAUUAAUGACUUGUGUCAUGUUUACACAAACUUACAUUCCAGAUUCACUGUAUAUAUAUGUAAGGAUGACUUGUAUUUUACAAGAAAUAAUAAUUUUUUGUACACCUGUCAAUUUAUGUUUUUGGGUAAUUGAAUUUAUUAUUUUUAACACUUUGUAUUUAAAAUUUUUCAAUAAUGGAAGAAAUGAUUUCCUCGAA